GAUUCAAUAUGAAAUUCCACUGAUUAUUUUUUUGCAAGAAUUUUAAUUUUAUAUUGGCAAUUUUGAGUUUCCUAAAUGAUUUUGCAACAAUGUCUUCCUCUCCAGUUUGUGUUACCAUAAAUCCACCAUCACCACACAUUGACACAAUGGAUAGAUCUUCCUCUGCAUCACCUAACAUUGUAGAUGGAUGUCCUUCACAAAGCUUGAAGAAGGCCAAGAAAGCAGACCAGCAUAAUAAUAAGAAGAAUGGUUGCAAAAAACGAUGGUUCACUGCCAAUGAGAAAUCAGUCCUUCAGCAACUGGUUCUGGACAAUGAAUCUGUGAUUCUUUCGAGAAGAAAUGAUGGAGUCUCAGUGCAUCUGAAGAAAGAAGUCUGGCUUGGAAUUGCUGAAAAAUUCAACCAUCAUCCACAAACUCUAACUCAGAGAAAUUCAGUUGAACUUCGAAGAUGCUGGGAAAAUAUGAAAUUUAAGGCAAAGAAAACUCUUAACAGAGUGCAGCAACACAUUGAGGCAGCUAGAGCAACAGCUAAUUCAGCUGGGAUUCCAUUGAAUGGAGAAGACAUGGCUCCCAGCUUGGUGAUGGAAGGUGUUUUGGGCUUUCCAGAACUGCUAUUCACAGACACACUCCGCAAUACAUGUCAGCCAAUGACAAAACUUCAUGAUUCUCCCUUGCAAAAUUCAAUGUAUACUAUGGUUGGAUCAACUCUCCCUGCUAAUAUCAAUAAAUUGCUUCUCAGUCCUCAAGAAUUUAACAUAGAAAUGUUUGAUGACAGUAUGGAUGGUCAAACAAAAAAAGCUAAAACUGUCCUGGAGACUUCAAUAUAUGAUUCCUCUACAUCACUUGGGAAUAAUCCCAACAUUUCCUGCUUCCCUUUUUCCAGCACAGUGUCCUCCAGCAGUUAUUCCUGUUUUGCUCUUACAAAUGUUUGUUCAACAUCUCCAACAAUAGCACCUCUUAAUCUUUCAAGUGAGACUCCACUUUCUACUUCACCUGAUCUUACCUGGCCAACUCUAGUGCACUCAACCUCCUUUGCAGCUGUGCAAAAGGGAGAUCAAAAUUGCCAAUCCGAUUCUGUAGAAGAUAAUUUGAAACAAGAGAAUGAUCUUUCAAUAUACUAUAAUUCUCAAAGUAACUUGAUGGAUGACAGUCUGAAGCAACACAGUCCAGAACUAGAAGAUUUAAUGGACAAAGCUCAGUGUUUUGAAACUUCUCCCAUAUUACCUGGAGAUCCUGAUGCUGUGCAUGAUGAUGUAAGUCCCACAUCAAAUUGCCUGACACCAUUUCCUGCUAGCUCAGCUUCAUCAUUGGAAUUCACAGACCUUGAUAAAUCUGCCAUCAAGGCUACAAAUCUGAAUAUUAAAAUAUCCGAGUCAGCAGAUUCACACCAAGAGGAAGCUGCUGUAAUGCUUCUGCCAAGUGUCACUGCAUUUCUCUCAGUGCUUGAGAGGCAUCCAUACAGCCGCAGUUUAAUGGCCCAGCAGUUCUCUGUACUGAAUUCAUUGCAUGACAUCCACCAUCAACCCAAUAAUUUGGAUGAGUGUUUAGAUCUCAGCUUGAAGUCCUCAGGAAAGAGUAAAGAAUACAAAGAGAUAUGCAAGACAGAACCCAGUACAACAGUGACUGUCCAAUCAUCGGAGGCUACAGACUUGACCAAAGAGUCUGGCUACAGGAACGAUGACACUAUGGACUCCUUUUAUUGCAUUGGCAAAGAAGCCAUGGAAGAUGAAAAGAAAAGUGAUAAAACGCUUUUAGCUAAUAACAAAAGCUCUUCUGAUUUAAUUUAUACCCCAUUUGAUGUUCAAUUAACUAUUAAUUCUAAUCAUUUUGGUCCACUUAAUGGAAGUGAAUUAAGUGAUUCUCACUCAACUCUACCUGAAAUUGUUUUGUCCAAUUCUUCAGUCAUGCAAACUCUAUUCCCUCCAAGCCCAACUAGAAGCAUUCUUUCCCUUUUGAAGCACAAUAGGCAAAGCACAAAUAAAUUUGAAAGCAUGUGGACAUCUUCUGUUCCUCCCAGAGCAGCCACUGGCUUCCCUCUGAAGAAUGACAGCUCCUUAAAUAGCAAUCCAUUUGGUGCUAAAUGUGAGGAUUCAAGUACUGAAAAUCUCGGUUAUCUUUCUCAUAUUAAUUGUACAAACAUUUGUUCUCCAAAAAUGGGUCCUGGUCCACAGCCAUUUAAUUUAGAGACUUUCAGUAAUAUGAAGAUACUAAAUAGCAUAGAACCCACGUCAUUCUUGAAUGCCUCGCUUCUGAAACAAAAUCCUAUUGGGAAUACCAGCCCUCUCUCCCGGGAGAAUAACUUGCUGGAGAGCAUAACGUUCGAGAAUGCAUUGCUAUCUGAGCGUCUUCAGCUCCUGCAAGAGCAGCAGCAAGACUUGUCUGCUCAACACACACAGAAGCUUCACCUUCUUGACCAGGAACACAGAGAACGGCUGGCCAUCUUCCAUGAGGAACUCACCAUGAAGAGGGCGGCGUGCCAACUCAUGUUGGAAAAAGCACUGCGCUCAGCCAAGCAGCCGUAACUUUUUCUUGCUCUGAAGGACAUUCAUUUAAUGCUAUUACUGCCGUUUUGUUAGAGGAGUGGUUCUUUAAAUCCUAGUUUAUUUGAUUUAUUUAUUCAAUUGCAAGUAAGGAGUAAGAAUGAAUGAAUAAUUUAUGAUCUCAUAAUAGUAAUAAUUUAUGAAAAGUUUCUCAUUCAACCAAUAGAGUUAUAUUUGUGAU